UGCGAGUCUUUUUAAAUUCUGGAAGGAAAAGGAAAUAAAAAGUACACAUAUACACAGACCGGGCGAAGAGGGAGUGCGUAGCUAGAAGCGAACUUUUGUUUCCCGCCAUCCCCCCUAAAAAAAAGCGAACCAAUCAAAUCCCUAAUUUGCUUAAUUACGCCUCAAAUUCGAACAAGAAGAUAGAAGAAAUGUCGACAUGGCAGAUACUCUCCGACGCCGAUAACAAUUACCGGUGGCAAAUCAACACAACAGACACUUCAAAUGUUAUUACAUCUUUGCCCCUCACCACCUCUCCCCUUCCGUCAAUGCACAAUCUUCUCCUACACGCUUCUGAGUCACACCUUUUCCAACCUCAAGGCGAAGAACAUGCAAUAGAUGAUAGUUUUGAUUUCUCGAAUUCUCUUUUCAAGACAGCUUCUGGAAGAAAAGUUACUAUUUCUUCUAACGGUCUUGUUAGAGCUAAGACGUUAUUAGGAUUAGGAUUGAAAGAAGAAGAAGAAACCGUUGGUGGUAGUUAUAUUCAAACUCCUCAGAAUGCUAAGAAAUUUUAUGCAUUUGAUGAAGAAUCACCUAAUUUACAACUUAUGGAUAGUAGUAAAGUUACGAGUUCCGUGUCGUUUCGAAGUCCUUUAGUUGGUAGAUUGAAAAAUGGUUUUGAUAAUAAAAUAGUGCAACCAGAUAGUGUUAGUGGUGGUGCUAAACAAGCUCCAAUUAAAUUCCAAACUGCGGGGGGAAGGUCAAUAUCUAUUUCCGGCGAUGCACUGAAACGUGCUAGGAACCUUCUUGGUGAUCCUGAUUUGGGAGAUUUUUUCGAUGUAGGGGAUUCGCUUUUCUCAUUUCCAGAUAAGAGACAAACCAAUGCAAUCACUUCCUCUGGUGGAAGAAGUGAUUGUAGUAGUACUACUAAUCAUUUGGUCCAUCAAAUGACACCAGAGAGUAACCACAAUGGCAAACACAAUCACAUGACAAAAAGUUUCACACACCCUUUGCAGCCUUCUAGACAAAUGGAAUUUUCAAAUAAGUUUUGUCAUGAAGGUAAUGGGAAUAACUUAAUCAUGAAAUUUGAUGAUGUUGUGAAUGAAAGUGAUUGUGUCCGGAAAAAUAGCAAUACUUUUGGACAAAAACCCUUGUAUGACAGGAAUGGAGCGUUUGACUCUACAAUAAACAGUUCUUCAUUGAAUGGUCUGUCUUCAAGAAUGGAUGUGCAUGGAAAGCCGUUGGGUAGGGCAUUGGUUGAUAUUUCCAAUACCGUUAACAAAGUUCAUACAAACAAUAAACAGCCUGCUAGUGGGAAAAGGAGACUAGGAUUAGGUUUAACUGUUUCUCCCUUCAAAAAGCCUCGCAUUUCCAAAUUUUCUGCCACUGGUGACCAAGAUGUUGGAAACUUUCCUAAUGAUUUGUCUCAAUUAUCAUCUGGUGCUUCUGGAUGUAAAAGAAAGCUUUCUACCAGAUAUCCAUUUCAAUACCCAAGGAUGCACAUCAAGGAUUUUUUCGCAGUUCCUCUGUUAGAGCAGAAAGUGCUUUUUCCCAACCCAGUCAAACAGGUGACAUCAGGUAAUGCAAGAGAGUACAUAUUCCAUGAUGGGUCUGUUGAUAACGAUAUUGGAGCAGAAGCUUUUGUUCAUCUAUUGGCACAACAUGGAGCUUCCUUGCAUUUUGCUUCUAAAGAGUGGGUCUUGAAUCAUUACAAGUGGAUUGUAUGGAAACUGGCAUGCUAUGAGAGAUGCUAUCCAGCUAGGUGUUCGGGAAAAUUUCUGACUGUAUCAAAUGUUCUUGAGGAGCUGAAGUACAGAUAUGAAAGAGAAGUGAAUCAUGGCCACCGGUCUACCAUCAAGAAAAUUCAUGAAGGGGAUGCAUUGCCUUCUUCAAUGAUGACUCUCUGCAUAUCUAGUAUUCACUCUGAUCAUGCUCUUGAAAGUGAGACAUUAUUUGAGGCACAAACCGGGGAUCAAAGCAGGGAGGCAGUAAAGGUUGAACUAACUGAUGGAUGGUAUUCUAUAAAUGCCAUUUUAGAUGUUCCAUUGUCCAAGCAACUGGCUGCUGGAAGACUGUUUGUAGGACAGAAGCUUCGUAUCUGGGGAGCAGGAUUAUGUGGCUGGAAUGGGCCAGUUUCACCUCUUGAGGUGCCAUCAACGGUUAGUUUAUUGCUUCACAUAAAUGGAACAUAUAGAACUCAUUGGGCAGAGCAGUUAGGAUUUUGUAAAGUUGCUGGUCCACCUUUGGCUUUCAGGUGCAUAAAAAGCAAUGGUGGUAUAAUACCUCUGACGUUGGUAGGAAUUACCCGCAUGUAUCCUAUUCUUUACAAGGAAAGGUUAAGCAGUGGUCGAUCUGUUGUCAUAUCAGAGAGGAUGGAAAAUAACAUGAUGGAGCUGCACAAUCAGAGACGCUCAGCUGUUGUAGAUGACAUUGUUUCGGAGUAUCAGAAGGACAUAAAGGGUUCACAUAUUUAUGAUUACGACGACAGUGAAGGGGCUAAAAUUUAUAAGAUGCUGGAGACAGCUGCAGAACCCGAAUUCCUAAUGGCAGAUAUGACUCCGGAGCAACUUAGUUCUUUUGCUGCUUAUAAGGCCAAAUUAAAUGCAAUUAGACAGACAGAAAUGGAAAGUUCAAUAGAGAAAGCUUUGAAAGAUUCUGGCUUGGGAAACAGAGAAGUAACACCAUUUCUGAGGUUGCGGGUAGUUGGAUUAACUUACAAAACUCGACAAGAGAAGCCUAAAGAGGGCAUAGUAACAAUCUGGAAUCCAACACAGAAGCAGCGUCAGGAGCUGGUAGAGGGAGAAGCAUAUGCAAUUGCAGGACUCAUACCAUCGGACUUUGAUUCAGAUGUCCUUCACUUGCAGACUAAAGGAUCUUCUACCAAGUGGUUGCCAUUAUCUUCUAAUGCCAAAGAACAGUUUAAGCCAUUUUUCAAUAAUCGGAAAUCAAUCCCAUUGUCAAGUUUGAGUGACAUUCCCCUUUCCAAUGAGUUCGACGUUGUUGCAUUUGUUGUGCACGUGGGAGAGGUUUAUACAUCGAGUCAACAGAUGAUGCAAUGGGUUUUUGUGACGGAUGGAUCCAUCAUGUAUGGUUUACAGUCAGAAAAGUUAAUGGACACAUUGCUUGCCAUCUGCUUUUGUUCCCCAUUGAUUGAUUGUGAUUCAUUUCCACCAAUCAACCACAACCUUGCUGGAUCUACGGUUGGUUUCUGUAAUCUUAUUAAAAAGGACAAGGACCAUACAAACCAUGUCUGGGUUGCUGAUGCUAAUGAGAAUUCAACGUAUUAUUUGAAAUUUGAUUCCCCAAAGUGUUGUCACCUCAGAAAUGCUGCCAACUCUGUCAGAAGAUGGGCCACUGAUUCUACCUUGAUAGUAGAGAAACUCAAAGAAAAGGUGGUGGGCAUAGUUGGUAAUUGUAAAGCCUAGAUGGAGUUAGGAAGGGGAACUGUGUAAAGAUAUGAGCAUGUUGCUCUAUUGUCUUAGUAAGAUUAAUCAUUUCUAAAUCCAUGACCACAUUGACGUACUAAAAGUUAACUGGUCUUUGACCCAAAAACAAGUUAACAGGUCUUUUGAAAAAUAUAAUGUUAAGUGUGUUCCUUUUGAGGAAUUGUAAAUGUAAAUUUUAUCAAAAUGAUAUUUAUUUUCUAUGCAGUUUUGAUGUAGCAUGUAUAAAAUAAUAGUUGCAGAGUUA